GUAUGGAAAGAGAGCGCGCUGUAAGAUGUUUAUCACGUUAAAAACUUUCCAUUCUUUUAUUGUGAGAUUGAAAUGCCAAAAAAUAAUUUCAUUAUUCAGUUUCCACACUUUUAUCUGUUAAAAAUUAUUUGCAUUAAUACAAAAGGAUGGUGAAAAUCGGAACCUUUUUUGACCCCGUGGUAUGGCAGACGUGGAAUAAACAGCAGACAUGGAGACAAGCCAGAUCCUCCCUGAUGUGGAGUCUAGUCAACCUCUGCCUGGCUGUUCUGAUGUACCUAGAACUAACCAUAUUUGCUGUGAGGGCCCAUUUUGACUUGAAAACACACAUACUUUGGUAUAUAGAAUGUGGAGUAGCCCUGUUGCUGUUGCUAAACACGGUGUUCCAUUUCUGUCUGUAUCUACGACCUUACGUAUCCUCCACCUCCGUGGACAUGACCCCCGCACAGAAAAAGCUACUCGCCAUCAAAGACACAGAUCAUGGAUUCAAGGUGUCCCCCAGGAAGUCGCCAGAGUCCCCCUCCAGUGAGAGAAGCCUGGUGUUCUCGGUGACCGCCCCCUCCCCCCAAUCCAGCCCAUCCAGCGGGAGACUGACCCCCACCAAUCUGGGGGCCGGGGCCAUCAACUACAGCAGUCAUUCCAUCAACCCGUCCCCCUACUCCUCCCCAGGGGGAUCCCCAGGUGGAAACAUUGGAACCUCCUUCUCCCAGUUUUCUCCAAGCAUGUACAGUCCAAACUUAUCGGGAUACAGUCCCAAUGUGUCUGGUUACAGUCCUCAACUAGCAGGAUAUGGUCCAAACCUAUCCGGACAUGCCCUGAAUUUAUCAGGCUAUAGUUCCAAUCUAUCUGGAUACAGCCCAAACUUAUCCACUUACAGUCCCAAUAUGUCCGGAUACAAUCCAAACAUAUCCAGCUUUAGUCCAGGAACAGUGUACACGCCAAGUCCUAAUGUAUCUGGAUUUUCUCCCUAUGUGACAGGGUAUUCUCCAAACCUAUCUGGAUUCCCAUCUGGAUCUCCAGGAAUGACACAGACAGGAAUGGCAGACACCAGUGGGCUCAGAUCCAGACACACAUUGUCGCAAACCAUGAAAAAUGCUGCAGCCUCCUCGUCGUUUGAUAGAAUCACUGACCUUCACUCACUGAGCAAGUACCUGCGAGAACAGGACGAGAAAGAGUAUAUCAAGUCAGCUCUCAGUUCCCCAGAAAAUUCUGGUGGAUCUUCGUUUUGGAACUAUGGGAGAACGGCCAUGGAUUACACUCACGUCCUGAAAAAAUAUGUGUACCAGCUGGCGAGUCGAUCGCCUCACUCCCUCACCACUACCAACAACGACAACGACCAAUCAAAUUCCUACAACGGGGAAGAUGUGUGGACUAAAAGAGGAGUGACAGAGGACGACCUCUUUUUGUGGGUCGAGCGGCUCAGAAAGUGGAUAUGUUUGACCAUUGUAUCACCCCUACGUAAGGAGAUUGAAGAAGUGAAUGCUGGAUUACGUAGAAUUGGGUCAGAGGAAACCGAAAUUGGAGAGGUGGGGGUCUCGACAUUGAAGCAGCUGGCUCUGACGAAGGGCCCCUAUGUACCCACCCUCAAUGCCGUGGUGCCUUAUCUGGAUUUCUCCUCAAACCAGGAGUAUCUAGUCAAGAGAAUUAAAGACUUAGGGAAGGAUGGAUGCAUGGGAGAGUUUUGCUGGAACUCUGGGGGAGACUAUGGCAAGGAAUGGGGGGAGCACCUGCCCUCGGAUGCUGCACUGGUGAUGCAUUUAUUCUGUACAUAUAUGGACUCCAGGCUUCCUGCUCAGCCUAAAUACCCCGACGGAAAAACUUUUACGUCGCAACAUUUCAUUAAGACACCAGAUAAACCUAAUUUGGACAAAGAGGACACAGUGUGUAUAUAUCAGUCGUCCAUAAGUCCGCCCCAUUUCCAAGUCGUGAUAGGGAAGACAGUUCAUCAAAUACCCAAAGGGAGAAAUAACAUGUUUCAAGCCGUACUGUUGUUUCUUCACCACAUUGACACGAAGGAGCACGGAAUGUUAGGACGAGUCAACCUAGGAAUGUCUGGUGUCAACAUCACAUGGAUUUUCAAAUGACAGGAAGACCGUGCCAAAUAAUUUCUGUUUUAUCCGUCAUCGGUCAGAAGGCUUAAUAUGUUACAUGUAGGUUGAUGGAGAUAAACCUCAUAUCCGGGGUUGAGGAUUUGACAAAAAAGAUGGGGAUAGCAAGAAAAUGUGCCAAAGACCAGAAACAACCUGUUCAGCAUGUCAUUGUGGGGCUAUUAGAUUUGUUUCUUGGCAAUGGAUUUAAAUGUUGUUGAAGUCCAAAUGAUCUCGAUUCACUGCAUUGUUUAAUGCAUUUAUGUUGAUGCAUUGGGUUAAAGACACCUUUUCAAAUAAAUGAUGCAGAAAUUCA